UGCACUUCACUUCCUCAUUGCUCGGCUCAGCUCAGUAUACGGGUGUGCCAUAAAUACUUGUCAGCUUGAAACAUUGUGACGAGGAAGCUGAAGACCGAUAGUUCAAAAUGCCGGCGUACCAUUCAUCACUGAGUGCUCCUACAAGUUUAGGCAACAUGGCACUUCUUCCAAUCAACACCAAGUUCAAAGGGCCAAGCCCUCCUGGUAAUGGAGGACCUGAUGUUAUUGAUGAAGCACUUCAAUACUUCAAGGCCAAUGUCUUCUUCAGAACAUAUGAAAUCAAGAGUGAAGCAGAUCGCGUACUCAUCUAUGUAACACUUUACAUUACCGAGUGUCUCAAGAAGCUGCAGAAGUGCUCAUCUAAGGAAAGUGGUAAAAAAGAAAUGCAUAGUUUGGCUAUUGCAAACUUUGCUGUGCCAGGAGAACCUUUGUUUCCACUGAAUGCAAUGUAUCAAAAGCCUUCAAGCAAGGCUGAAGCUGAUUCCAUGCGGUCCUACCUGACACAGAUUCGGCAAGAGACUGGGCAACGUAUUGUUGAGAGGGUAUUUGAGCCUGAAACUAACAAGCCCAGUAAAUGGUGGAUGUGCUUUGUCAAGAGGAAGUUUAUGGAUAAGAGUCUGUCUGCCCCUGGCCAAUAAGGUCACCGAAAUGUCAGAGGUCAAAAUGAGAAGUUCUUCAUUUUGAUCAAAACCAUCCCUCAAUUUUGUUUAUUUUAGCAAGAGUUUAAAUUUGGCAGUUUCGAUUUUGUACAUAAAAAGCAAAAAAACACAACUGUGUAUCCUAAGUGCCCACAUUGUAGCACUUAAAAGAAAUUAAUGAGGGAAAAUAUGCUAGUCUGAAGGCAUAAACACACAGCCUAUAUUUUGUCCAAAGUUUUAAUCUAUCAACCUUUGUAAACAUGCAUUACAGAUGUUUAUACAUGUACUUCCUCUGAAUAAUUCAUGUUUUACAUUCAUUUUUAGAAUUCAUUGGGCAACCUACUACAAAUCAAAUGGAUCAGUGAAAUUAUGUUCAUUACUUUUCAUCAUCAUGGCUGUAAACAAAAAGGUGAUAGAAAUUUGUAGAUUGCAGAAGGCUGUGUGAUAAGCCGACAUUCCCCAAAUGUUACCAUUAAGCUAGAUUUAGAUAGCUUUAGAAUCAUGUCUUUCAUGGCAAUAUAAAAGCUGUUGGUCAAAUCAAAAUGAGUACAUUUUCAAAAAUACAGUCAGACAGUUCUAAAAUAGAAGUGGACUCUUAUACUGGAAAACCUGAAACAUUAAUUUAAUGAUGUAAUCGAAUAUUAGAAACCAGAAUUCUCUAAGACCAAAGAAUAUGUGCCAUACUGACUUCUAAAAGUGAUAAUGGAAUGCUGAGCUUCAUCGGCGAUACACUGAGACACUACGUUUUGUGUUACUGAAAAAAAGUACUUUGGUCUGUUGUUCAUUCUUUUGUGCAAUUUCAGAGCCCAAACAAAACACAAUCCCUGUUAUAUAGGCUUUCAUCUCAACACUGUUUAUUGAACUUCGUUACUUUGUUAAUUUUCCAUUUUGUGGUACAGUAUAAGUGGGAAUGCUAACAUUUAUAGUGACAUCCAAUUGCAUUUUAAAGUUUGAGGGGAACGGCUUUGUAGCAGAUGGUAUGGAGAAGAUAAAAAUAUAUGCAUGAUAACA